CGGGGCUGAGUCACCGCAUGUGUGAGAGCGAGAGAGAGGCAGUCUGGAUUCACAGCGAGCAGAGGAGCAGAGGUGAUCGCACACCAGCGCAGGAUAACAGCACCAUGAUGGGUUGACUCAGGAACGGGGAGGAAGCAAUCGGAGGAAGGUUCGGCGCGAGAGAGAGAGAGAGAGAGCGCAGAACGCCCGAGAGUGUGGAAGACUACCUUCAACAGCCACCGCUCACUGCUCUCAACUAUGGAGACCAACAAAGUUCUUCAUUUCGUGCCCUCAGAGGCCCCUCCCUCUGGAAGGUCCAAGAACGGCUACUUCUUCCAGGAAAUGGAGCAGAGGGAGGCGGAGCAGGAGGACGGCAGCGAGAGCCAGGAGAAGGGAGAGGAAUCCCCCAUCGCCUGCAGUGACAACAUCCAUCUCUAUGACAACCAGAGCAUCCCCGGACCAGACCCAGAUGACUCAGGCUGUGUGUUACUGAACACUUCCAGAAGGUAUGUGACCCUGAUGAACUUUGAGGAGGAGGUGCGUGCCCACCGGGACCUGGACGGGUUCCUGGCGCGGGCCAGCAUCCUGCUGGACGAGACAGCCGCGUCCCUGGACGACGUGCUGAAGCGCAUGCUGACCCACGUGGCGCAGGACCCCCACACCGCCGAGCCCGGCUGCAACUUCGAGGAGGUGAUGAGCAUGCUGUUCACCGACGCCGGAGCGCAGGAAGUCAGCGAGAAGCCUCAGAGUUUUAUUUUCUUUGACGACGUGCACCUGUUGUCCGAGACCAUCCAGGGAGUGACGGCCACGGCCACCGGGGUCCAGUACCAGCAGUCCUGGCUCUGCAUCCUGUGCAACGUGAAGACCCUGCAGCGGCGCCAUGUCUGCAUCUCCCGUCUGGAGCGGCCGCAGAACUGGGGGGAGAACUCCUGCGAGGUCCGCUACGUCAUCCUCAUCCUGGCGCCGCUCAAGACGAAAAGCACCAAGACGUCCAUGGAGCUGGGCCGGACGUUCGCCACCCUGUUCUCAGACAUCUCCUUCAGGCAGAAGCUGCUGGACACCAAGACCCAGGAGGAGUUCAAGGAGGCGCUGGUCUUCCAGAGGCACCAGCUGACCGCCUCCAACCAGCAGCCCACCGCCCUGGGGGAGGAGGAGACGGACCCCCGGAGCAACAAGCCCCUCAUGUGUAAAGACUUCUUCCGCGUCGGCCGAGGUAUCUAUGAGGACCUGUGUCGCCGACUGCCCUUCUACCCUUCAGACUUCACAGACGGUGUGGUGGGAAGCAACAAGACCCUGCUGAAGUACAUGACGACGGCCAUCUUCCUGUACAUCGCCAUCCUGCUGCCGGCCAUCGCCUUCGGCUCGCUCAACGACGAGAGCACCCGUGGAGAGAUCGACGUGAAGAAGACCAUGAUAGGCCAGAGCAUCGGCGGAGUGAUCUACUCUCUGUUCGCCGGAUCCCCCCUGGUCAUCCCCCUCACCACCGCCCCCCUGGCCAUCUUCAUCACCGUGAUCCGGGGGAUCUGUGAUGACUACGACCUGGACUUCCCAGCAUUCUACGCGUGCAUCGGUCUGUGGAACAGCCUCUUCCUCAUCCUGGGAGGCAUCUUCAACCUCAGCCUCCUCAUGAAGCUCUUCAAGAGGUCUACAGAGGAGGUCAUCGCUCUCUUCAUCUCCAUCGCCUUCGUGGUGGACGCGGUCAAAGGCACUGUGAAAAUAUUUCACCGGUACUACAGCGCGCCAACGCUCUCUAACGGGACCAUGGCGGCCUUCCCCCCACGCCAAGGCCAGCAGGGCUCCGCGGCGCCUAGCAACGCCAGCGGCGCGGUGACGGCGGCCAUGGAGUACACGGCCUUCCCCGAGUCCAUCAUCCACUGCACCCGCGAGAGACCCCUGCUGUGUCUGCUGCUGAUGCUGGGAACGCUCUGGAUGGGCUACACCCUGUACCAGUUCAAGAGGAGUCCGUUCCUGCAUGCCAAAGUGAGGGAGGUUCUGUCGGACUGCGCUCUGCCCAUCUCCGUCCUGAUGUUCUCCUUCAUCGGCUCCUACGUCUUCAACGACAUCGAGUUGCCGGUGUUUAAGGUCCACGACCGGCCGAUCUUCCGGGUGGCUCCGUUCGAGCGUCUGUCGCUGCUGAACGUGAUCAGCGCCAUGGGCCUGGGCUUCCUGCUCGCCGUGCUCAUCUUCAUCGACCAGAACAUCGUGGUGUCGCUCACCAACGCUCCGGAGAACAGGCUGCUGAAGGGGACGGCCUACCACUGGGACCUGAUGCUGUCGGGCCUCAUCAACAUCCUGAUGUCUGUGCUGGGGUUGCCGUGGAUGCACGCUGCCUUCCCCCACUCCACGCUCCACGUGCGCCAGCUGGCCUUCGUGGAGCAACGUGUUGAGGGGGGGCACCUCUAUGAGACCAUCGUCCAGGUGAAGGAGACCCGGCUCACCUCUCUGGUCGCCAACAUCUUCAUCGGCAUGUCGGUGCUGCUGCUGCCCGUGCCGCUGCAGUGGAUCCCCAAGCCCGUCCUCUACGGCCUCUUCCUCUACAUCGCCCUCACCUCCAUCGACGGCAACCAGAUGUGCGACCGCAUGGCCCUGCUGCUCAAGGAACAGACGUCCUACCCCCCCACCCACUACAUCCGCAAGGUUCCCCAGAGGAAGGUGCACUACUUCACCUUCCUGCAGAUGAUGCAGCUGGGGGUGCUGUGCACCUUCGGCAUGUACCCCAUCCCCUACAUGAAGAUGAUCUUUCCCCUGCUCAUGAUCAUGCUCAUCCCCAUCAGGAAUAAUGUGCUUCCUCAUGUCAUCGAGGCUAAAUACCUGGACAUCAUGGACGCCCAACACAUGUAGCUACCAGCGAAGACAAGCUAACGUUCCUCUGAGAAGAAAAACACAGAAGAGUAUUUUUCAAAUGCAAAACUGAAAGGUAGCAAAAAAAGAGAAAGUACUGACUGAUUUAUUUUGUACCGGAGAGGAGCACUGUUAAAAAGCACUGGAAUGGUGGGUCAACACGAGGUCGUAGCCAUGACAACUGUUUAACCGGCGUGGACGGACUCCCAUUUUUCUUGCGAAAAGGAAGAAAAAAUAUAAUAAAUAAUUUCAACAAUGGUUUUUAUCAGAUGAGGACCUUCCCAGGAAUCCGUUUAGGUAUGUUUUCGUUUUGGACCGUGUCAACAAUUUUUAAGUGUUAUAGCCACCUCUGCUGUUUACUGGUUAACAUUGUAGUGACCAUAUUCAAGUCACAUAGCCAUGUGAGGACCAUACAUCCUGGGGACCUUCGUCUUAGAGGGGUUAGCGUCUUCGACCCUAACCCCUCUGGGGACCGGAGUCUUUAAAGGACCCUAGCAUUCUGGGGACCCUCGUCUAUAAGGGACCCCAGCAUUCUGGGGACCUUCGUCUUUAAGGGACCCUAGCAUUCUGGGGACCUGAUAGGAAUAGUUAGGAACCCAGGUAUAUACUGUUAUGUGCUUAAAACAGUUCCGCUAAAGAAACCGCGUGCUUGCAUGAGUUUAACAACACAAUGUAACGCAAAAACUAAGCAAAACUGUGUUAUCGUCGUGCCUACAAUACUUAUUUUCCACUGUGUAGUUCCUAUUGACAAAGACGCAGGCUAGCACACGGGAAUACGGUCACUUUACAAAAAAGUAUUACCAUGGCUCACUUUGUCAUUGUGCCAACCUGGGUUUGCCGUGUUAAAAACAAACAUUUAUUUACGUUGUGUUUGGCUGCUAGAGCGCUGCGCUGUGUGGAGCAUAUUGUUUUUUUCCGAAUCAUUCCGAAGGUGUUAAUGUUUAUGGGAACGGGAAGAGGGCGAGGCUUCGCAGAGACCAACCUUCUCUACUCUCCUCCCACCGAUCUGCCAGCUCUUUAAAGAGACACUGCUCUGAACGUCGAGUCGCAGGGACAGCACCCCCUUGUGGUCAAACAGAUAUUGCCGUAACUGUGUCUGAUUGCGGCUUAAGGCCGAUAUAUGCUCUGUUUUAGACGUAACGCGUAAGCACGUAAGAUACAUAACCCCCCCUUGCGCGGUAAAAUAUCCCCCCUUACGUGCUUAAGUGCGUCGGCCAAAAUUCCUGACUAUGCGACUAAAACACUACGGCCCUACGCAGCUCGCAAAGACUGUGAUUGGACAGCUAACCACAUCCUUUCAGGAGUCUCACAUUUCCGGUUUUACAGCAUAAUAGCGCCAUUUUUAAAAGGCCGUGACAGAAGCGAAUGAAGAAUUUUGAAGAAGGAGAAGAAGAAAACACAAGAACGAAUUAUGAUAAUUAUAAAUAUAAACAAGCCAGCGAUUUCCACUUCCACGCCCACAGAUUCGUUCGUUGCUCCACCUACUGUUAGAAUCCCCUUGCAACACGCGCAAUCCUUAAGGAACCUUAAAGGAACCGUAAAUCAAAACUUGUCUAAAACAAGUCCCUUGUGUAAAUUAUGUGCUUACGUCUCUGCGUCUAAAACGACCCUAAAUCGGCCUUUAGCUAAUAUGAACCAAUUAGAAAAUAGAAUUGCAGUAACCCGAGUUUGACCACAUGGGGGCGCCACCCCUGCGGUUUAAUCAAAGUGCUACUGUCCCUCUUUAAAAACCAACUCAUGCCAAAUAAUAACUACAUUCCACAGAGAUACACAAUGUUGUUGUUAUUUCACAUGACAGCACAAACCAAAACAUAGUUAACGUUUAAUAUAAUCAUUAAAUAAAGUUAUAUUAGGGCAAUAUACAAAAAAUAUUUGAAGGGAAAUUGAAAAAGAGUAUUUAUUUGUGUGUUUCCAGGCGACUGGAAGGUGUGUUUCCAGUGAGCUGUUGUACAUUCCAUGACCACUGAGUCCUGUUCCGUCUCUGUGUUCUGUUUUGUUUUCCCUUCUGCGUUAGUACUAGCGUCUCUGUUCCCCGCGGUCCGCAAGGAGUGCGCCCAACACCGUGUUGAAGUCUGAAAAUGUUUUAGUGAAGCUAGCCAGGAACCUGUGUUUAAAGAGUUUUAAUAUAAUCUGUUCUGGGUUUCUUAUGUUGGUGUUAUGGUUAGACCAAUGCUUGCUGAUGUUGUCAUGUACUCCAGAACACCUGGAAAAAAUUAUCCUGUAUCGAAAUAUUGAGAAAAAAUUGAAAAUAUACAAAAAAAUGUUUGAAUCCUUAGCACUGUUUUUGAUGCUCUGUAUUGUUAAGAAGACCGAAACCUAACAGCAUGAUCAAUCAACAGUUCUCAUAUAGUGUGCUGCAGUGGACAUGCAUCCAAAACACACACACACACACACACACACACACACACACACACACACACACACACACACACACACACACACACACACACACACACACACACACACACACACACACACACACACACACACACACACGUAUACACACACACACACACACACACACACACACAGACACACGUAUACACACACACACACACACACACACACACACACACACACACACACACACACACACACACACACACACACACACACACACACACACACACACACACACACACACACACACACACACACACACGUAUACAUACACACACACACACACACAAGUGCAUACAUUCGAUAAAAAAAUGUCCCACUUCUUAACAAACCAAAUGCAGUGAGACGUUCAGCAAUACUUUGUAGAAACAACCUCUCUGGGGUUACUUUUGUCACUGGGGUAACAAUGGUAACUGGGGCAACUAGGGUAACUAUGGUGAUUGGGGUAAUGAUGAUAACUAGGGUAGCUACGGUAGCUGGGGGAAACUAUGGUAACUGGGGUAACUAAGGUAACCAUGGUAACUACUUCACUGUGUUAACUGGUAAAUACGGUAGCUGUGGUUACGUUUGGAUACUAUGUGAACUGGGGUUACUAUGGUAACUACGGUAGCUUCCGGUAACUAUGGUAGCUAUGUUAACGGCUUAAAAUUGUAACUGGGGUAACUAUGGUAACUACGGAAACUUGGGGUGACUUUUUUGGUGUGCAACAGAACACGUUCGAUAUAUAAUCACAUACUAAUGUUCCACCCUUCUUUGCCCGCUCGAGGCGUUCAGACAAAGAAACUAUUUUCUCACAGUUCAGUUGGUUUCUCUAAAUUCAACGGCAGCUCACUCCAGUUGUACAGAGAGUUACUCAGAGUAUAGAUACGAGUAUACAGUACUCAGAGUAUAGAUAGAGUAUACCGAACUCAGAGUAUAGAUAGAGUAUACAGAACUCCGACACUACUCAGAGCAUACUGAGUAUAGACAGUACUCAGACACUCUGCUCAGAGUACAGAGAGAGCAGACAGAACUCAUACUUUACUCAGAGUAUACGGUGUAGAGUAUACAGGCGAGAGAGGUGUGGCCAGAGUAUUAAAAAUCAAAUAACUUAAAGCCAGCACUGGCGAGAGAGAGACAGAGAGAGAGAGAGACGGAGAGUGUGUGAGGUAUGAAGAAAUAUGUACAGUUUGCAAUGCAAAGUAUAGUUUUUAUGGACUGUCCUUAUAACCCCAUGGCAAGGCCGUUAGCUUGUAACUUAAAGACUUUGCUCUUACGUGACAGUAUUGUCGUCAUUCUCAGUAUCUCCGAAGUUCUCCUCAAUCCGAGUGAAAGGUUUUCGUCGUUCCCUGAUUUUCCCAGUCGAUGGUUUGUUUGAAAAUGCGUAUUGUGUUCAUAUAGCCCUACUUUUUCUAUUCAUGAAUGUACAAUGUGUGGAUUUUUAUAUAGCAUACUAAUUUAGUUGUGGAACAGAACUGUACUUUUGUCAAAAAGAUCAGCUAUAUUUGUAAGCUGUACCAUGUAAAGAUAAGAAAUGUUUAUUAAACAGAAUGUGUUGGUUUACUAUAGUAUAGAUAUAUACUGUACACUGAAAAGAGACUAUCUCAAGCUGUUGGCCAAAUAAAGAGUAGUAGUGAUGUACAGUAUUGUGUGCAAUCUGUGUGUUUUAUUAAGAUGAUCAACAUAAUCAUUAUUAUAGAUUCCUAAUUACUGGAUAUUCAUCGACACAAAGCUAAAAGGUCCUGGUUUUGAAUCCCUAUCUUCUCAUUAAUUAUAAGGACUGCAGUAU